AUGUUUAAUUACAAAUAUUUGUCCCGGGAACACCUGGAGGGAUUUGACAAUUAUAAGUAUAUGUCAAAAGAUACCAGCCCACUAAGUGUAUAUGUUAUGCACCCAUUUUGGAACAAAGUUGUUGAGCUUGUACCGAGAUGGGUAGCACCAAACGUUCUUACGUUUUCUGGUUUCCUGCUAACAGUGCUCGAUUUCAUUCUACUGUCAUACUAUGAUUAUGACUAUACAGCAGCCAGUGCAGUUGCAAAAAAUGAGACGGUUGUUCCACCGCUGAAUGAACAUGUUGAAGUUAUACCACAAUCCUUGUGGUAUUUUCUAUCUGUGUUCCUGUUUUUGGCUUAUACCCUAGAUGGUAUAGAUGGUAAGCAAGCCCGUCGCACUCAAACAUCUGGCCCUUUAGGAGAACUUUUUGACCAUGGACUGGACUCCUACACAGUAUUCUUCAUACCCGCCUGCCUUUAUUCUAUAUUUGGCCGCCUUGACUUCUCUAUAUCUCCUAUAAGAAUGUAUUAUGUGAUGUGGAAUUUGCUCCUCAACUUUUAUAUAAGUCACUGGGAAAAAUACAACACGGGUGUAUUGUUUCUGCCAUGGGGAUACGAUUUCAGUAUGUGGGCUUCGACAUUUUUCUUCAUGUGGACCGGGAUGAAGGGAACUGCAUAUUACAAGAAGUACAUAUUUGGCAGCUACACCCUGGCCAAUGCUUUUGAAUGGGCCAUUUACAGCACAGGAGUAUUCACAAACUUACCAGUGGCCUUGUAUAACAUAUACAAAUCCUAUAAACUACGUACUGGCAAAAUGCGUAGUCCCAUAGAAGCAAUGAGACCGCUUUGGUCCAUACUCACCGUGUUCUUGGUAUCAUCCUUUUGGGUUCAUAAGUCUUCAAGUCUAGUGGACGUGGAGCCCCGCGCCGUUUUCUUGUUGAUUGGCACUUUGUUUAGUAAUGUAGCAUGUCGCCUGAUAGUCAGUCAAAUGAGUAACCAACGCUGUGAAGCUAUCAAUUGGUUACUUUGGCCCCUAACAGUAUGCUCACUCGCUUCAAUUAUAUACCCAGCAUAUGAACUAAAGAUCUUCUACGCUCUCACCAUCUUUGUUGUCGCUGCCCAUGUGCAUUACGGGGCUUGUGUGGUGGGGCAAAUGUGUGAUCACUUCAGGAUAAGAUGUUUCCACAUCAAACAGCGUACAGAUUGA